AUGCGAGACGGCCCUCGCUUUUGUUCCUCCCGUAGCCAGUUUGCUCAAGCCGAUUUGCUCCAGCGGUGCAACAUCGCGGGGCAUUUCCUCGAAACGGACAUGGGCGACCACGGCGGCAGGGCAAUGGAUGCUUGGGUUUCCGCAGUCCUGGAGGUGUGCCCGUCUGUCAGCGAGGCGGCCGUGCGGUUGGACCUGUCGCGCACCGGCAACCCAGCCGCGACGGCCAACCGCAUGCUGGACGGCGCCGUGCCUCCAGCGAGGUGGCCGGCUGCCAAGGCGACUGGCUGCGCGAGCGGCUGCGUGGACCUGCGCUCCCCGCCCCGCGGCGUGCCUGCCCUGGCUGCUGGAGCGGAGGCGCCGCUGCUGGCCACGCGCCCUGUGCCACGGCCACCCCCAAGGCCGACGGCGCAGGGUCGCCGCGGAUGGGGUUCCCUGCGGCCUCCUGGGCCGCGGGAUCUGGCGAUUUCGGAGAGAAGAACAGCAACGCCGUCACCACCAGCGAGUCAUCUCCAGCGAGGGUCGAGUAGCAGAUGCAGUCGACAUAAGCAACAAGUGUCAGAGGUCCAGGUGGACUUCCAAAAAUCACGUUGA